AUGGGUAAGCCCACACCUCCAUUUGGUGUCUCCAAAUUGAACCCCCCAAAAUGGUUUCGCUUUCAAACAGCCGUACGUGGUUUCCAAAGGGGCCAAAUUCAUUUCCUCCAAAAAGACGAGGCAGCUGACCAACUGAGCAUAUCCAAAAUAGGGGCCGAAGUGGAAUGUUGCCCAAAGGUUUCCCUUUUCGUACCAAAACCAGACCAAUUUCUAGUUGCCAGGUCCACCUUACCUCGGUACCCAACCCCGCAGGCGGAGUACCACUUCGGCCUGGUGGCGGACCUGGACUUGAACUCCCGGGACCCGCAGGAGUUCAUUUGGCGCCUUGGCAGACCGAAGGGCCGCGUGGUGAAGCUCAGCAGCCGCCAGCAGCGGGAUCGCUUCACCGUGGUGUGGGACGAGGAGCUCGAGCUGCGGUCCUCCACUGCUACCCGAAACCGAUCCAUGGAGCCCGCUGGCGUUUUUGAGCCGAGGAGGCUCCUCCUGGCGUUCUGUGACUACUCGGGGAUUGCCUACAAGAUCGAUGCCUUGACUGGCAAGGUCUUCCAGAGGUGGGUCAUCGCUGACGGGGACGGCAACGAGCCUAAGCCAUUCAAGGCUGAAUGGGCCACCAUCAAGGGAGACUUCAUCUGGGUGGGGUCCAUCGGCUUUGAGUGGUAUGGCACGAGCGGGGAGAUCCUGCACCGUAAUGCUGAGUGGGUCAAAGUCAUUGACAGCAACGGCUGGAUCCGGAACCUGGACUGGCAUCCGGUGUACCAGGCGAUCCGCACAGCGACAAACACCACCCUCCCAGGAUUUUUGUGGCAUGAGGCCGUGGAGUGGGAGCCCGUGCGGAGGCUGUGGCUGAUGCUGCCGCGCUUCGCCUCCAAUAGCUCCAAGUACACGCCCGGCCUGGAGCACCAGGAUACCACGAACAUGCUGAUCAUCGCAGAUGAGAGCUUCGUGAAUAUCGAGGUGAAGCGGUUGGACCAUCACGAGCCAGGCUACGGCUUCACAUCCAUCAGAAGGCUGCCAGGCAGCCGUCACCUCUUUAUGGUUUUGCGCGUCAAGGAGACGGCGGAGUCGCAGCACACGCAAGCCGCCAUCGUCGACUUGGAGGGGAACUUCUACACAGACCCUCCCUACAUCCAGGUGGGAUCCCGCAAGUACGAGGGGCUGGCCUUCCUGUAA